AAGCGAAGAGCUGCAAACUGCGAGUGCAAAGGAGGCUGUUGAGUAGACAAAUUGUAGCCUUCCAAAAAUUAAAGUAACGUGCCUCCUCAAUAACAUGUGCCAAUAAAAGCUUUUCGUUAGUUCCUUCAUUCCUCCGCCAAUGAAAACAAUUGGGUAUUCUAGAAGAGAAAGAGAUUGAUGUGUCUGAGAUGGAAAACCUCAGUGGGUAUAUUUUGGAAGACAAAGAUGUCGAGCCUUUGCUCCCUCACAAACUCUAACCAAUCUAAUUCUUGUUCAUCUACAAUGGGAGGCCUAAUUCUCUAUAUCAACACUGGUGGUGGUAGCCUAAUUCCUGCCAACUACAGAGAAGAUUCAGCGCAGAGAGCCCAAUUCGAGUCAAUGGUUUGUGUGAUGCAAUCUGUGAUUCCUAAGGAGAAGAAAUCCUUCCGUAGAAUUCCUCCCAUGAAGAUCUUUAAAGCUGAGGAGUACAAUGCAUCAAUUGAGUACUACUGGGCGUCCUUCAUACUGGAGCCUAAUUCAUGCCAUGCAACAUAUCAUACUGUCCUGAGAUGAUUGCUGAACCUUGCAGCCACAGCCAAACAUGGUAGGAGCUAGGAAGAAGUUGAUGUGUUGGUGUUUGAGUGGUGGAUGCAAAACGUAACAAGCCUCAGAUCAAUGCUAUGUAAGUUUCUAGUUUUCGAUCCAAGGCUAUCUAUUCCAUCUAAAUUCUUCUGGUUUUUAUGAACCUUGCUGCCAUAGCCAAACACGGCAGGAGUUAGGAAAGAGCUAUGUAUUAGUGUUUGGAGCUAUGUCUGGUGGAUGUACAAGCAUAAUAAGCUUCAGAUCAAUGUUAUGUAAGUUUCUAGUUUUUGAUUGAAGGCUUUCUAUUUCAUCGGCCAUCCAAAUUCUUCUGGGUUUUAUGCUGCAAGAGCAAGUUUUUUAUUUGAAGAUACAUUUUGGAAUCCAUCAUGUUAAUCCAACUUUCUUCUUUACUUUCAUUUUCCAUUUUUUUUUCCCUUAUCAGUUAUGGAACACCUGGGAUUGUUCAAGAAUAUAAUGUGACAACUACUUGCAAAUUGAGAAACCUGGGCAAAUUGGUAAGAAUCCAACAUCAGUGCUCUUUGUCCCCAACACACGUGGUAUGUUUCACUUGCUAUUUUCUAUUAAGAAACAUCCCAAAUCGCC